AUGCGUACUGGGGCGGCUGGUGGGCGCAGCGCGGGACCGGGCGACGUGAGCUCCUGCCGCCCCUCGGGCCGCCGUUCUCUCGGCCUCGUCCUGUCCGCUUCCCCGCUGGGUGUUCCCUGCCGCCCCUCGGCCGUAGCGGCUUUUCCUCCGCGGGGCACACGGGGUUUAGGGGCGCGAGAGCGAGGCCUGAGACAGCAAGCGAGGUGUGGGGACCCAGCGGCUGCUCCCGCCGCGGCUGGUGGGUGGCCUGGUGGUCCUGCAAGCGCUGAGAAUACGGUCGUGGAUCGGAUUUUCUCUGGUAUCCAGCCAACUGGAACGCCUCAUCUGGGUAACUACCUUGGAGCCAUUCAGAACUGGGUGAAUCUGCAGGAAGAGUGCAGCUCAGUACUGUACAGCAUUAUGGACAUGCACUCUCUCACCAUGCCCAAGGAACCAGCUGUCCUGCACCAGAACAUACUGGACACCACUGCUGCCAUCCUUGCCUGUGGUAUUGACCCAAAGAAGUGUUUCCUCUUCCGCCAGUCGCUGGUUCCUAAUCAUGCAGAACUUGCCUGGAUUCUUGGGUGCUUAACUAAUGUGUCACAUCUGCUACGGUUGCCCCAGUGGAAGAUGAAGCGUGCCAGCCAGAAUAAUGAAGGAACUGUUGGUCUGUUGACUUACCCUGUGCUUCAAGCAGCAGAUAUUUUGCUGUACAAGUCAACACAUGUUCCCGUUGGAGAAGAUCAAGUCCUGCACCUGGAACUAGCCCAAGAUAUAGCACAACAUUUCAACAAGAAAUAUGGAGAAUUCUUUCCUGUGCCCAAAGCCAUUUUAAGUACAACAAAGAAAAUAAAAUCCCUCAGAGAUCCAACAGUGAAGAUGUCCAAGUCAGACCCACAGAAGUUAGCUACUGUUAACAUAGCAGACAGCCCUGAUGAAAUAGUGCUGAAAUUCCGCAAAGCUGUGACUGACUUUACCUCCGAGGUGACCUACAACCCAGCCAGUCGCCCUGGUGUCUCCAAUCUGGUGUCCAUUCAUGCUGCAGUAACGGGGCUUAGCAUUAAAGAAGUGCUGCACCAGUCUGCUGGCCUUGACACUGCUCACUACAAAAUGGUGGUAGCAGAGUCGGUUAUUCAAAAAUUUGCACCUAUCAGGAAUGAAAUCAAGAAACUCCAGGAAGACAAAUCCUAUCUGAUAAAGGUUUUAGAGGAUGGAGCAGAGAAAGCCAAAGAACUGGCUACUCCCAUUUAUCAAGAAAUAAGAAGAAGGGUGGGAUUUCAGUAGAAAUUGCUGAGUAGUUGCAAGGACUUUUGUUUCCUGAGACAGACAUUUUGUUAUUUGUAUCUUCUUAAUCACUUUGCUUUGAAACAAAAAGUUGUUUUGUUUUUUUUUCCUGGAACUUCCAAGUAGAACAUUUGCAUUAAAAAAUAUGCAUGAAGCCAGAUAUUUCCAGUGGGACCAGCACUGUGUUUGGGAGGGAGGGCAAAAUAAUCGCAAUUCACAAAAAGUUCCCACAAAAGCAGAAUAUAAGGUUGCCCAAAUGGGGUUUUGGGUUUUUCUGACCACUGCAAGAAGCCGAGGUAUAGGCAAGGUGGUCAGAAUCUAGUAGAAAUAUUUGUAAUCUUCUCGAGAACAUACUUAGCUGUGCAUGUGAUCUUGUACAGAUGGACAACUUAUCCUGUUGGUGGUUAUUCAGCUUUGAUAUGGUGGUUGAAUGUGUUCUUGGAUACCCAGCAUAAAAGCACAGGCUUACAAAUCAAAAUGCUCAGGGUAAUGAAGAGAGAACUUACUGCUUCUCCCUGUUGUGUCUUCAAACUCUAUGUGAUUUGGUAUCUACAUCUAGUUUGUGUGAAGAGAGUCUGUGUGUCUUAUGAAUACAGACAUCCGUACUCUAAAACUCACUGUGACUACUGUACUAGAUGGCUUCUUUAAUAGUCACUCCAAAGAGUCCCAAGAGUGGACUUGAAAUUCACUUCAGCCACCUGUGCCAUCCUGCUGGUCAGGUCUAAGGUACUUCAGUGAGAAAUAAUAUGUGCUUCAGCUGCUCACAUUCCACCUCCUGUUUGGUUUAGCAGGGAGCUCCAGGAUUUUCAGUUCAGCAUCAAGUCUAGGAUUCCUUUACAAAAGGUGCAGGGCAAAAGAUGUAAUCCUGUGUGAAAGAAAUCUUGGGUUGAGAAAUCAGAGAACUUUCUGCAAAAUUAACAGAAUUAUUUAGAAAACUGUGCUGAGAUUUGAGCUGAAAUGGGAUUAAAUAGAUCUUUAUGAACUCUCACUACUGAGCCUCAAAAAAGCUCAGUGAUGGGAGAAUGGUGUUAGCCUACACUGAUCUUAGGCCUCAUGAGACCCACAGACUGGGACCCAUGGACCAGGGCUUUUGUUGGGGAACAUUGGGGAACAUGUGGGGAACAUUGGAACAAAGGGGAAUUGCCAAUAACAGACACCCUUUUCUGAAGAGGGAGUAGUAGUACAUUUUAAAAAGUAAUGAAAGCCCUACUGGUCCUGUGCAAGCAUAUUUAAGUGUGUCAUUGCAUUUAAUGGUGCUAUGUUUGAAAAUGCUUUACUGUAAGGUAAAUUGAGUUCAUCCUGUACUGCAGCAGCUCAUAACCAUUAUAUGUUUGUAGCAUUUGUCAUGAAGGAUUGCAGUCUUACGUGACUGAGUUAGUAAAACUGGGGAGUGUUCCAUGUAG